CGUCAGAAGGAAGCUGCUGGGCACUGCGCGUGCACGCCCAGUUCUCAUUGAUUUAGCCGCUGCAGAAGCGGGCACGCGGCUCUUCAGCUGGAGAGAGUCGUAUCAAGAAGAAGAAGUGGAAAAGAGUGGCUCCUCCAGGAACCGACAUGGAGCGCAGCGAGGGAGCAGAACGAGGAGGCGAUGCCGCUCGUCUCCGCGUCUGAAUUCAGCGGUGACACCGAGGCUUUGGGAGGCUGCGGAGAUACGGAGCCGCUUGCAGUUAUCACGGGACAUUUGCGCAACAAUGGCAACCCCCCAGCAUUGAGGAACUCUUGACUCAGCCAACGUCCCUCCACCCUUUUGUUUCAACCAUGGACUCCUCAAGGGAUUUGACCUCAGCCCUGGACGGGCCUGCGGACCCCAGAGACUUCUCCGGUCGCUCCGAUCUCAGCGGCCUCUACCAUCUGGGCCGGACGCUGGGAAGGGGCCACUUUGCUGUUGUGAAACUGGGCCGUCAUGUCAACACGGGGCAACUGGUGGCUGUGAAGAUGAUCGAUAAGACUAAACUGGAUGUCAUGGCAACAAGCCACCUCUUACAAGAAGUCAGGUGCAUGAGGCUGGUGCAGCAUCCCAACGUGGUUCGGCUCUAUGAAGUCAUCGACACUCCCACCACGCUCUACCUGGUCAUGGAGCUGGCCGAAGGCGGUGACCUCUACGAUUACAUCCUGCGCCACGAAGGAGGCGUGGUGGAAUGCACCGCCAAGCGUCACUUUGCCCAGAUUGUGCGAGCGGUGUCGUACUGCCACCAGCUGCACGUGGUGCACCGGGACCUGAAGCCGGAAAACGUGGUGUUUUUCCCCCAGCAGGGCGCCGUCAAGCUGACAGACUUUGGCUUCAGCAAUUUAUUCCAGCCUGGGAUGAUGCUGGCCACCAGCUGUGGGUCGCUGGCUUAUUCUGCUCCAGAGAUCCUGCUGGGAGAGGAAUAUGAUGCUCCAGCUGUGGAUAUCUGGUCUCUUGGUGUGAUCCUGUACAUGCUGGUCUGUGGAGUCCCUCCCUUCCAGGAAACCAACGACAGCGAGACUCUGGUCAUGAUUCUGGACUGUCGCUACUCCGUCCCCGAACACGUUUCAGACGGCUGCAGAGAUUUGAUCUCCAGGAUGCUGCAGAAGGAUCCUUGUCGCCGUGCGUCUCUCGAUGAGAUCGAGGCUCACCAGUGGCUGCAGGGCCUGGAUGAUGCCCUUCUCAGCCCUGAGGCGCCACCACACUGGGUAGCGGGGGCCCUCUCUGCCUCAUCUUCCUCACUGUGCGCUCCAGAGAGUGGGGAUCUGCUGGCUAUGAGGACCCCCACUCAGCAGGCGUUUCCUGGCACAUGGCAGCCCAGCUUCGGCUUCAGCCUCCGACCCGCUCCAGCUGAAGAGCCUCCUGUGGGUAAGAACGUUCCUGCACUGCAGCAGAUCUGUGAAGAGGAGGAAGAGGACGAGGACGAAGAAGAGCGGGAAGAAUUGAGAGAACUGGAAGGGGAGGCUGAGGAUGGGUUGGAGUGCGUGGAAGAAGGGGAAGAGUUAGGAAAUACAGAAGAGGAAAAAGUAGAGGAGAUGCAGAGAGAAAACGAAGACAGCGGCUGUGUGAUUUCAGAUCAGCCGGUCAGUCACCGGGAUGAGACACUCAGUCAGACAUCUGAAGUCACUCUGGCAUCCGAAGUCACUCCGUCCUCACCAGCUUUCCGGGUCUCUUGUUGUCAGCUGAACAUCUCGAACAGGAAUGAGGGGCAGGAUGAAGAGAUGGAGCCAAACAACAACACGGGCAAACCGCCCCCACUCCUCCCAACUCCUGAAUCCUGUCAGUCCUGCAUCUCUGCGUCCUCCGCCAGCCUGAGGGAGAAAACGGAAAGGGAGGAAGAACUGAACGAGAAGAACGAGUCCCCUGCAAAGUCUCUGGCCCAAAAUCCACAAGGGAACCGGGACGAGUCGGUACCGAGGGCAGAGCAGGGGAAACGACACAGCAUCAGGCUCCGAGACAGACUCUUCCAGUUCCCUUUGUGCGAGAAAGCCCUGGCCUUCAACAUACCUUCACAGAACAAGCCCAAGAUCCUGCCGCUGGCUCAGUACAACUGCUGCCACGUGCUGUAGCAAACGUUGGCUUCGGGGUCGCUCUCUCUGGGGACACGCGGGCUGCUUAGCAGUCAGCAGGUGGUUGAAGCCCGAACACAGACCUUGUGAAGUGGCACGCAGCUGAACUCUUCAGAGACGAUGAGCAAAACAGCUCUCAGCAAGCAAACACGCCUGUACAGCUUCACAAACACCCACUUCCAACAGUGUGCUCAUGUAAUAAACAUUACUUUAGUAAGAGUCAACAGUGAGAUGUACCAAGGACUUAAUUUCCAUUUGCUGCUGUGUGAAGGAGAGACUGCAGAAUAAAAAAAAUAAAAAUACUGUUUGUUCAUUUGUAGCUUCAAGACAAAACUGCUCCAACCUCUAUGGACUUGAAGAAGUUAGUGAGAGAAAUAUGAGGGCAAUAUUUAUUUUAUUACAUAAGCUAGAGACCAUUUUGUUUGCUCGAAGGUGCCUAUGAAGAUUAAACGGAUUCGUACUGCAGUCGGUCCAGUCCAGAGCAGAUCCACUGUGCUGCAUGUUAUCAGCGAGAUGCGUCAUCAGCCACCUGCCAACUAUUUUCUCAAAUAUAUUUUAGAUUAUACACCAGAAAAUGUGAAAAACUGAAGACAUUUUCAUUUUACUGCAGAAAAAAAAACAGAUCUGAUGCUUUUUUUUCUUUCUGUAUUUGGGUGUAAAAUCAUCGCAGUCCAAAUCACGACCCCUUCACCACCGUGCUUGAUAACUGGAGUGAGGCGUUUGCGCUGUACUUUGGUGUUCAAUACGCGCAGUGCUUAGCAUUGUGAGAAACAUCUUACUGCAGCCCCAGUCCUCUUGACAUUUUGUGAUUAACUCAGAUGCAGCUUUGUAAACCGCUUUCAUGCUGCGACAUUAAUUUUAAAGAGGAGAAGCUUUCUCCUUCAACUUUUCCAAACAAGGACAAACUUGUUCAGGCUUUUUUUUUUUUUUUCUGUUCUCCUGUCAUAAUUUUUAAUAUUUUAGCAUGCUAACUUAGGUGUGUACAGGAUUGCAAGGGCUAAACCUGACAUGAAUUUACUGAGAAGAUAGGCAACUGUCUUAAAUGUUUUCCAUACAAAAAAA